AUUGUGUUUACAAAAGAUAGUGUUCAACAUUUUUCAUCGCGAUGGGUACUGACGACGAAGGGGACAUCGAUUUUGUAUUGUUUUCGGAUAUUGAAGAUGACCUGGAGGACCCUCGGUUUAAAAAUGAAAAUUAUCUAUCUCUAUAUGUUAGAUACAUAUUAUGUAGUUUGUUAGUUAUACUGGAUUGUCAAGCAAACAGCAAAAUCAAGCAUUUUUUUAUGUUUCUGAGGAAACAAUACCACAAUAUUCCGACGUAGUAUUAAUGGAACACUUCAGGCUUUCAAGAGCAACAGUCAAUAGCCUCGGUGAGAAGUUUGAAGGAAGCUCUAACUGUCAUGAUCAGGCUGGACAAUAUGGAAAUAUCAGUGCCAAUCAUCAAGUUUUAAUUUAUUUGUGAUACAUUGGACACCAAACUUCGAGUUUUAGAGAUGUUGCUGACCGCUUUAAUAUCAGUCUCAGUUCUCUCGGUAGAAUUAUAAUGAGAUUGACAUCCUUUCUCAGCGACCUAUCCCCACACACCAUAAAGUGGCCAACAGAAGAUGAGAAAGGGAUUAUCGAAAACCAUUUCAACAUGAAUGGGUUUCCAAAUGUCAUCCGUGCCAUUGAUGGUACUCACAUUAAAAUUGAUAAGCCCCAGAAUGACCCUGAUUCCUACAUCAAUCGCAAAGGUUAUUAUUCAGUGCAGAUGCAAGCAGUUUGUGACCAUACAUAUAAAAUAUUGGAUGUGUUCAUUGGAUACCCAGGCUUGGUGCAUGACAGUAGAGUGUAUCGGAAUUCCCCUCUAAAGAACACUUUACAAGCAAAAUGUGGAGGAUACUUUAUAUUAGGGGAUAGUGGCUAUCCCUUAGAAACCAAUUUAUUGACACCCUAUAAAGAUAGAGGAAAUUUAACUGCCAGACAAAUAAAUUACAAUGUCAAAGUUUCAAAAAACCAAUAUGUGAUUGAGCAACUGUUUUGGGAUGCUUAAACAGAAAUUUAGGCGGCUGUAUCAUCUAAAAAUCAGAACUAAGUCCAGAAACGAUCCUAGUACUACGUCAGGCCGCACAUGCGUGUAACAGCACUAAAGGUUUGGAAAAAGCUGUAGUUAUAUCUGAAAAAGAGAAUUAUAAAUGUGCGAAAUGGAGCCUAACGUGAAGAAACACAUCAUUAGUGUUCUCACCUCGACAACAUUCACUAUGACGAUAAAUCAGCUGAGUAAGGACUACAGAAAUAUGGUCGGGGAGGAAAUACCAUACUACAAAUUAGGAUACAAUUCGAUGGAAAGUUUCCUGAAAUCCAUCUCUGAUACAGUACAGGUUAAAGGCAGUGGACCCAUGGCAACAGUACUCCCUGUCGUUUCUGAAAAGUCCAAACAUAUAAAUGAACUUGUUACAAAUCAAAAGAUAACUAGGAAAGAGGCUGCACACAGGCAAUCCUUCCCCAUUCAACAGAGAAAACAUCUCCUAUAUCAAAAACCAGUAAACACAAAUCCUUACAAACAACCUGGUACACAACCUCAACGUCAGAAGAUUUUUUAUCCAACACGCAAGAGUGGUGCCUCAUAUCAAAGCUAUCCUGAAAAACCAGUCCAAAAACCAGUUGAUGAACCAGUUCAGGGACCUGAGCAGCAACCAGUCCAAAAACCAGUUCUGAAUACAAGUACACCUGAAAAUCAUGAAAGAAAUUCUGGCUGUGGCAAAACUAAAAAACUUUUAUUCGGUAGAAUACCGGCCGAGGUACGCGAUAUUCUAAGCAAUGUCCCUCUGCCAAUAAGAGAAAAUCUAAAGUUUUUGAUAGGACAACAUGAAAAUGGGAUAUGGUGUGCUGAUCUUCCCAAACUCUAUAGGUCAAUGUUUGCCAAGGAUAUAAACUAUGAAGAUUUUGGUUAUACAAGCUUGAGCCAACUUUGCAUAUCGUUACCCUCAGUAUUCCACUAUUGUCGUCCUUCUGAUUCUGAUUUCAAAUUGUAUGAUAGCAGCAAACCCUUGCCACCAAGUGCAGAGACAAAAUUCACUGUUGCCAGUUAUACAGUUGAAAGUAAAAAUCUAAAUGAGGGUGAAAUCUGUGCUUUGCCAAAUAUUGAGUGGGACGAUGUGCAGAGCUUUCUUCCAGAAAGUGUAUAUAAACUUGGUAAUGCAAUACCUAGAGAGUUUGUACCACCUGAAACAAAGGAGGGAGAUACAAUCAAGGUUGGAGUUGGUGAAGUAUUUGAUUUGUCCAAGUUUUGGGUAUAUUUAGAUGAGGGAAAUUUGGACAACAUCGUGGAUGAUUUGCAGAAUUUCUAUGUAACAAAUGCCUCACGAUACUUGAUGCCUGAAGGUUUGAUAAGAGAAGGAGUCUAUUGUGCAAAAGUUAUUUAUGGAGAGUAUCAUAGGGCAGUCAUUGUUGAUGUUUUACCCGAGGUCAAAAAUAGUAUAAAGGUGUUGUUCAUUGAUUACGGUACGAUGACCAAAGUACCAAUCGAGGGCAUCUGUUUCUUACACGAGAAGUUCGCUGAGCUGCCAGCGCAAGCCAUCCGGUGUCGCUUGGCCGACAUUUGCCCGCCAGAAGAAAGCACGCCUUGGAGUCAUGAUGCCAUUGUAACUUUCAGAAACAUGUGCAGGGAUCGAAGUAUCGAUGCUAAAGUGGUUAGGAUAAACAGAAAGGAACAAAUUUUGGAAGUGUACCUGAUCGAUGCCACCGAUCCAUCGAAGCCAUUUUGCAUCAACACAAGAUUGGUAGAACUUGGACUAGCCACAUACCCCGAUCAGAUCAUCCAGCAAUCACGUGUAGAUAGCGCGUUUAAGCCAUUAGUGAAAUACAUACAUCUAUUUCCCACAUUUUUGGAACUAGAACAAGGAUAUGCGCCAUCUACGCAAGAAAUGGACAUUUUGUUUAACUGUGGCGUCCCCAUACAUUUCUGUUACCCGCAGUAUUUUAGCAUCGACCGUACGGAUGAAAAACAAAAUAUAAUGGAAAUGAUAGAAUGUUACGAAAAGACCUUGAAACGAGGUGCAAAGAGCAUUUAUAUCGAUAUGAGUUGUGGCGAAACGAAAGACUUGGACUUGGCUGUAUUCGGAGAACUUCAGAGUGAGAUAGCAGACUUUAUCAAAGACAGUGAAAUGAAUAGUAAGGAUGCAGAAGAUGAGGGUUCGGAAGAUAUUUCGAAAAUGUACAAGGAGCUGGAGGACUUGAAGAGAGAAACUGCGGAAAAAGUACAGCAAAAUCUGGCACUUGCUGAGGAUAUCAUGAGAGAGUUAGAUAUUAUAAAAUGUGAGGCAGAAGAGGAUGGUGCUGGACCGUUGGUUUGUGAAUCAGAGGAGAUUGAGGAAGAGAGUUCUGAAUCGACAGUGAAUAGGCCAGAAUUAACAGGCAGUAGUAAAAGUCUCGAGGACCAAGAAGUUUCCGGAAAAACGAAAUCCACGGAUUCGGGGUUAGUUAGAUUAUCUGGCGUAGAAGAGAACAGACGGAGCGUUGAUGAAGUGCAUAGUAUUAUUGGUAGUAAGAGCACAAAUCCGUUUUUAUCUGAUAUGCAUGAAGAAUCUGAAGAAGACGGUGGGCCGUUGGUGCUGAAUCCGAAUAACCCGUUCUUGUCGUACAUAAUAGACAAGAAAGGUUCUCGACCAUCAUCUAAUAAUGGGAGUGAGUCUAUCGUUUAUGAAAGUUUGGUUGAACAAAAAUGGAUGGAUGAAAACAAAACGGUCAAGAUUGAACAGAGGUGGUUGAGCAGUGAUAACGGUGUUGAGAGUCUGGUGAAGUCUCUUUCAAUAACCAAUGCUACGGAUAUUUCACAGGCGCCGACAGCAACAUCGGCAACAAGGCGUGAUUGUGCCACCCAGACAAGCGACAAUGCAACUGGGCCUCCCGUUCUGUAUCAGGGUACUUCCAUGCCUCCCAGCUUACCGUAUGGGGGUUAUCCACCACCCCAUCAUUAUGGAGGUUAUCCACCUUGGUCGACUGCUUCAGAUUGUGCUCCAUUUGAUUUCUAUAGGUAUGGUCCCCGCUAUCCAGCACCAGGCUUCAGUUAUCCUGACAAUCCUCCCAUACAACCUUGGAUGAUGCAAAUGCCAUGGAGCAGCAUGAAAUUCAGAUCACAGUACAACCCGGGCAUGGGACCAGCAUAUCACCAACAAGCUCUAUAUCAUCCGCAAGGAUCAUACCAGCAACAGUAGCCGCCUAACGCCUCUCUCCGACCUCCAGGGUUUUAUCCACCCCUAACUCUCCCAAGUAAACCACCUUGAUACCUCAACGCCUACAAUUACACCGUGUCCACCACCUUCAGCGAGCGAUUUUUACGAAGCUUACAACCAACAGUUAAAGCAACAGUUCUCGUCGAAGGAAGCACUAGCGCGUUAUCGAUAAGCGAGUAGAAUAGGGUUUUAUUUUGGCGAAACUGGUGUUGCACUGUUAUGUUUAUGUUCUUUUGGUGCGUGCUUUGAAUUAGUUAAUGCAAAAAUAUCGCACGAACUGGACGAGCUCGUUCUAGUGUAGUCAACUGGCAACAGUGUCUCAUUUCUCAGCUUUGACUUGUGGCUCUGUAAGCAACCAUGCUUUGCAGCCAGUUUUCUCGUGUUUUUUUUCUCAUGGAGCCUGUAUACCAAGAAAAACUACGGUCAAUGCUGCUCGUGUUGUAAAAAUGACCUCAAAACUUGACGCCUGGAGUACUUGUGGUGCUUUGACAGUGCUGCCAUGUUGUAGGAUCUUUCCCCAAUCUUGGGGAACUCUUACUUGGUGAAUUUUUUGGGGAUAUAAUGUUCUGGGGGAGAUCAGAUGUUUCGCCCAUAGAAGCAUCCACCAGCUCUUUGAACCAAAUCUACCCCUUUCAUAAUUAACUGUGAUUAGUGGAUUUUUUUUUAGGAGAAAUUCAAUCCAACGCAUCUGGCUACUCUGUGCUUUGACAGAUCCGCGAUAUGAACACCUUUCUCCUGUUAUAUAGUUUCCAUAGCCUUUUCUCGGAACCUAUGUACCAGGAGAACCGUCGAAAUGAGGAAAAAAGACCCCAAAACUUGACGCUUGACUGAGGGCGCCGUGAU